AAAUAUAUUUAUUGCUGGGUGAACCCAGCGAACACAUGAACUAUGGACCGGGUCCUGUGGCCAUUCUUCACGCUCUCACAGAAAAGGCUUUUAAACAUGACUCGACUUUUAAAAUCCCCGUGGCGUCAUAGACACACGCAGACAUAAAAGACUGAUUUCAGAGGAGAGCGAGGACUUCCUAAAUGGAUACCAACGGUGCCGGCAGUGUGCAAUACGAUCGCUGGAAUGAGGAUAACAUCAACAUGAAUGUGGAGGCCUCACAAUCCACUGUGACGAAGCUCUACAACAGAAUGUGCACCGGCAACACUGGCAUCGCAGUCAAGGCAGCCGCAGCUCUGGCCGCACUGGUGUCCGUCUACAUCAUAGGAUACGUGACAGGAUACUACGUCCAUAGAUGCUGAUGGAAUACGCAAUAGUUGAAAAGGCCUUUUGGAUAAUCUAGCACAUUUGUAAUUUUCAGUUUUCCACAGAAAAGGGACAAUCACAAAGCAAUUCAAUCAUGAAUGAAUAAAUCUGACAUUUCCACUGAUUUAUUGACAAAGAAACAUUUUGCUCCUGAUUUUCCAACUGUCAAGACUCCAAAAUUGGGUAUGAAUUUUGUGCCACUGUGGCAUUGGAAAUUUAAAUAAACAAUUGGUGAAUUUGAAGUUUCAAUGAUUAAAAAAAGACUACCAUGUGACAAAAACAUGAGAAAUAUUGGUGUUGCAAAUGUAAUCUAGUCCAUGUCCAAGCUUACUGGUGACUUAAAGAUAUGAUAUACAGUA